GGGUGGCUUCCGUGGGCUAGAGACGUGCACGCAGACAACCCUAAACCUUUUUCCCUCUCCUCCUCAAACUGUCUCUCUCCUCACCCACCGCACCUACCCCCCGCUCGAACUCCUUACUCCUUAUACAUCUAAGGCUUAUACAUCUCUCUCUCUGUCUCUCUCUGCAGAUGACUCUCUCCCUCUCCCUCUGAUUUUCGAUCCUCUGUUUUCUCCGCCUCCUCUGUGUUUCAUCAAUGGAGGCUUCAUUGCUUAUGAGAUCGUCUUGUUGCUCCCCCGCGAUUGGGUUCCUCGACCAUCGACGCGAGUUAUCACCCAUUUGCACUCUUCUUCCUUCUCCAAUUUCCAAACCUUCCUUCUCUGUUCGUUGUUCUCUUCCUCCUCCCUCGAAGCCACGCUCUGGAACCAGCUCCGUUCAUGCCGUAAUGACUCUCGCUGGAUCAUUGACAGGAAAGAAACGAGUGGAUGAAAGCGAGAGCUUGACUCUCGAAGGUAUUCGAAGCUCUUUGAUCCGUCAAGAAGACAGCAUUAUAUUUGGCUUGUUGGAGAGAGCCAAGUACUGUUACAAUGCAGAUACCUAUGAUCCUACUGCUUUCGACAUGGAUGGUUUCCACGGCUCUUUAGUUGAGUACAUGGUCAAAGGCACUGAGAAGCUUCACGCUAAGGUUGGUAGGUUCAAGAGCCCUGAUGAACAUCCCUUCUUCCCUGACGAUUUGCCAGAGCCUAUGUUGCCGCCUCUCCAGUACCCAAAGGUUUUGCACUUUGCUGCUGAUUCGAUCAACAUAAACAAGAAGAUAUGGAACAUGUACUUUAGAGACCUUGUACCAAGAUUAGUGAAGAAAGGCGAUGAUGGUAAUUACGGAUCAACAGCUGUCUGUGACACUAUCUGCCUUCAGUCUCUUUCAAAGAGGAUCCAUUACGGUAAAUUUGUUGCAGAGGCCAAAUUCCAAGCUUCACCUGAGGCAUACGAGGCCGCCAUUAAAGCACAAGAUAAAAACGCAUUGAUGGAUAUGCUAACAUUCCCGACCGUGGAAGAGGCCAUAAAGAAGAGAGUUGAGAUGAAAACACGAACAUACGGGCAAGAAGUGAAAGUGGGCAUGGAGGAGAAAUCAGAAGACGAAGAAGAGCAAAAUGGAUCUCAGGUUUACAAAAUCAGCCCGAUCUUGGUCGGGCACUUGUAUGGAGAUUGGAUCAUGCCCUUGACAAAAGAAGUUCAAGUGGAGUACUUGCUCAGAAGACUAGACUGAAAAAGAAAAAAAAAAUGGCUUUGGUACUAUAGUAGUAAAGGUUUUUUGGAAUGUUUUUUGGUUUUUUUUUUUGUUUACUUUACAAAUCUCUGAAUGUUAUUACACUAUUAUAAUCCCAUGCUUGGUUCCAUUGUACAAAGAUUGCCAGUGGCUUUCAAGGUUUACAUGCUAAACGGUGUGUUAUGUACACAUUCUUAAUUGUGAAAUCAAAGAGAUAA